AUGCCGCCGCCGGGCGGCGACAAGCCGCAGCCACUUCCAUGGGGUCACAUGUCGAUUCCACUGUCGGCUGUCGACGUGCAUCGAGCAGCUCCGCUGAAUCGAAGUCAGUACUGGGAUAUUUUCGACGGCACGUAUCAAGGUGCUCGUGUCGCCGUACUGGCUUAUCGUGACUCGAGCCGGCGACAUGCGCUGUGGGACGCCACGCUUUCGUACCUUCCCCGUCUCUUUUCCGCCGUCCAUCCGAACCUCGUGCAAGUCCUCGGCGUGGCGUUUGACAACGAAAGCAAUCCAGCCAUGCUCGUCAUGGACCGGCACACGACGAGUCUGUACGAACUCCUCCACGUGCAUCGCAUUGCGUUGUCCGCCGCCGCCAUCGUAAGCCUUGCGUUGGACAUUCUACACGCGAUUUUGUUUUGCAACGGUCGCGGGCUCCGUCACGUCACGAGUCGAAAAGUUCUCGUCGAUGCCUGUGGCCGCGCCAAGAUCGUGGGCUGCUUCCAGCGGGAGAUUAUGGAUGCCGCCGGCGCCCCAGCGGUUGUCACCCCGUAUUCCCCACAGUGCCACUCUCUCGAUUCGACGGCGCCGCCCAUGGCAGACGACAUGCACGUGUUCGGGGUGCUGCUGUGGGAACUGUGCUGCGGUGAAAUCCCGACCGUGGAGCUGAACCACCGCAUUGCCCAAGUGUCGGUAAUGCAUCCUCAUACAGAGUUCGAGUCGUUGGUGCGGCAUUGCCUCGAGGAAAACCCCGCGCACCGUCCGCAGCCCAUCGAAUUGUGCGAGGUCUUGCAAGCCCUGCAAGUGGCGUGUCCGCUUGUAGAUGACCACACACUCGUGGCCACCCGUUUUGGACGACCCGAGCUCGCCGUAUCGCCGCGAGAAGUGCCUGAUGCGCCAGGACCCACCAUUGUGGCCCGAAUGUUGGAGGCUGUCGAAGCGCAAGUUCUAGAGGAACAGCGCAAUUUCGACGUUGUCGUGGGGCAAUUGGAGUUCGCCAACACAGAAAUCGCCAGUUUGAACGCACUGGUGGCGACGAAGGACGCCGAAAGGCAGAACAUGCACCGCCAACUUGUGGUUGCUCUGGCCGAGAAGGACGUACUGGUCCAGGCCAUGCGCGACGCCAUGGACGCGAGAGACACGUGGGAGCACAAAGCAAAACUGCUAGAGCAGCAGGUGGCGUCGUUGACCACCCUGAACCAAGCCCACCUCGCCAACGCCGAUCUCGCGAAGCACGAUCACGACCGCAUGAUCGAGUCGGCCAAAGCGAUCCAACACGAACGAGUGGAAAUGACAAAGGAGCUGGCGGCAGCUCAAGACGCCAUGACCAACGAGAAAGCUCUUCGCGAUGAGCUAAACGUGCGAUGGCAGCAAACCAUCAAGCGCGUGGAAGACGAACGCAGACUGCGUGAAAAGGCAGAACGGAUGGUCACGGAGCUCCGAGCACACAACCAUGAGUUGCUCGACCAAGUCAAGUUGUGGCACCCAGACACGGGCACAAAGUCCCUCGAGCGAAAUCGGCUGCACGAAGCCAAGGUGCACGCCCUGGAGCAGCACACCCAACAGCUCUUGCUUGAGAUGGUGGACUUUCGAGCGCACAUGGCGAUGAUGGAGGCACAAGUGGGCAAGGCAAAUGCUGCUUUGCAGGUCGUGGAAUCGAUGGCCCAAUGCGCCACGCUGCAGGACGCGUCGACCGCCAUGCAAAACCAGCUGCGGCUCGCCCAGGACAUCUGUCAGGCACGCGAUAACACGAUCGCGCAGCUCGAAUCAACGACUGCUGCCCUCGAGAGCAAAGUAGCGGCCUUGACAUCGGAACUGAAAGCGACCGAAGACGCGUUGACGCAGGAGGUCAAGAAGCGCCAGGACGAAGGCAAGCGAUGUUUGGACUUGGCGUGCGACGCGCCGCCAUUUCUCAUCCAGCCGUCGGGGUACUGCAAGACGUGCGACGAGAAGCGCGAGCGCGAAAAAGCCGAACGCAUUCGUAAGCUCACACGCGAACGGCUGGACCAGACCCCCGACCAGCUCGUGCGAGAUGCAUCUGGUCGUGGCUUGGAAUCGCUGUUGGACCUGCUCGAGAACUUUCAAACGCACGUCGACGUCGUCGUGGCAGGACUCAAACAGUUGCAGCACGUCAGUGAAACCAAUGGGAACGUAAAGGAUUCGUUGGGGGACGCUGGGGCGUUCAAAAGGAUCGUCGCGUGGAUGGCGUUGUACCUGGAAGACGUGGCCCUUCAACUGGCCGCCGUUCGGCUUGUGGGGGUGUUGGCGUUCAACCACGAUGUAAAUCGCGUCCGCUUAGUUUGCGACGGAUGUUUGGAGCCGUUGCUGGCGGCGAUGGCCAGCCAUGGCACGGACAAGGCGCUGCAGCAAGCGUGCUGCACGACCCUGACCAACUUGGCUCAUAACUGCGAAGGCAAUCGGCGAAAAAUCCUAACCCAGCUCGGCAUUGAGCGCGUGCUCGACUCGAUGCAAAUGUUCCCCCAUGACACGGCCAUCCAGCAAGGCUGCUGCUGGGCGCUCAUAAGCUUGGCUGGGUCAGACUUUAUGUGCGAACACAUCGCGGCGCGCGGUGGCGUCGGCGGCAUCGUCGCGGCCAUGCUCAAUUGCCACGCCGACGCAGCGGUGCAGUACUACGGCAGCUGGGCAUUGCUCAAUCUCGUCGCGGGCCUCGAGUCUGUCCAAGCGUUUGCGAAACAGGAAGGCGCCGUUGAAGUGUGCGAAGCGGCGAUGGCAUGUUUUGCAGACCAUGGGGGGAUUCAAGACAAAGCUGGCACUGUCGUCGCAGUCCUCACCGACGCCGUCGAGCAAGAAAACAACUCGGAUAAUUAA